AUGUCGCGCGCGGGGACGAUUCGCGUCGGUCGAGCGCAUCAGGCGGACGUCCCGGCGGGGACGGACGCAAGCGUGCGCAGGGGGGCGCCGAACGCGCGCGAGCGGUACUUUUUGGGCGCGCGCGCGUUUCCUGUCGGGACGAAGGGGGUAGGGACGCGGGUCGGGACGCGUCCGUCGCCGUGGCGACGCGACGCGCGCGCGGCGGCGAACGCGGCGGCGAACGCGGGCGCGCUCGAGCGAGCGAAUGGAGGGACGGGGACGAGCGCCGAUACCUCGCGCGCCGUCGAGGAUGGACACAGAAAUGACGACGCCGACGACGGCGACGACGCGACGGAAAAGAAUGCGGGCGAACGCGCCGACGGCGACGACGUGAAUGAUGGCGACGCGCGCUCGGCGAAACGAAAGCCGUUGUUCUCCGAUGAAGAGAUCGCGCGCUCCAGGCGCGCGCUCGAGGAUGGAUUGCGCGCGGCGGGCGUGGACGAGUCGAGCGGUAUGCUCGGCUUGCGAACGAUCGGCGCCGCGAACGCGCGAGAGAAUUGGGACGACGAUGAAAUCGCGACAUUUUCACGGCACGCCACCGCGUACGCCGACGAUUUGAUUCGUCUGAAGAGCAAGCUCCCGAAGAAGACGAUGCGCGACGUCGUGAGUUACUACUACAACGUCUGGCAAAUCGGCGUUGAAAAUUUUGGUCGCGUCGACAUCGAGGGCGCCGAGGCGCCGGCGCCGCGCGAGCGCAGGCGAGGUCCGGCGCCCAAGUACACGAGCGCGCAGAUUCAGCGCGAGAAGGAUCAGAGAAGAAUUCACAACUUUUUGGAGUACAUUCGCGCCGUGGCGAUGAAUCCGAAACGGGCAAUGUUAAACGUACAUCGAGCGCCGACGACGGCGCGCGUGUUCGAUCACAUGAUGGCCCGAUUCCGAGCUGGGACGCACCCGUCGCCGGGAGACACCGAGGGGAUUUUGAGCGAUUUGGAGAAGCGAAAGACCGCGUCGCUGUUCACGAAGGAGGAGCUCGAGGCGCAGGCCAAGGCCAAGGCGGAGGCCAAGGCGGAGGCGGCGCGCGCAAAGGCGCGAGCGUACAAAGCCAUGCUCAAGGCCCAGCGAAAGGCGGCGCGCGAGGCGGCGAAGACAGAGGAGGGAGGUGGUAAAACAAAGAGCGAUGACGGCGCCGAGGCGGACGACGACGAGCGCGCCGCCGCGAAGGGGAAGAGGAAGAAGGAUGACGAGCCGCCGAAAAAGAAGGCGAAAAAAACUAACAUUGUGCUUCACAAGACGCCAAAGACGCCAAAGACCGCGGAGAUGGAGACGAAACGCGUCACGCCCACAGGGACGACGAAGGUGGUCAAGUCGAUGAAGCAGAAAAAGGUGAACUCGCCGAACGAGGAAAAGAGGUUCGUUCUUUAA